UCCGGCGCCUCGCCGGGCACGACGUUCCUGUGGGGACGGCGACGCCUCGGAAGGCUGCUUUUUGGGGGGUCCGCCGGGGGCGUCAAACCCUCCCGGAGCUGCCGUGGUCCCAAAAGCGGCAGCGAGACCUUUCAGCUGGAGCUGGGCCGCGUGCCCGCCCCUCGCCGGUGCAGCGUCGGCCCAAAACGGCUUCCCGGGACAGGCGUGGGCGUCCCCUGCCAGCCCACGCAACGGCUGAGCCGAGCUGGUGCCAGUGGCCCGGUCCUGCGGCAGCCAAGGGCUCGGCAGAAGCCCAUGCUGAAGCAGCGGCGUUUGCAAAAGAGGGGUCAGCCGGGCCCCCGCUGCCAUGCCAAAACGCGCGCCGUCUGCGGGGUGACGAUGGAUGCGGUGUCCGUCUGUCUGUCUGCGUGGAAACAGGGUCAAUAGCAGCCUGUCCAGCGAUGAGCUCCUCCUAGAAGACUUGGAGACGGAAGGAGAGAGGCAGCUGAAGAGCCUCCUUCACCACCAGCUCGAUACCACUGCUUCCAUUGAGCAGUGCAAGUCAAAGCGGAGAUGCUUCGCCCCUGCAGCUUUUUACAAGCCUUUUGGGGAAGAGGCUGCGGGGGCUUUGACCUUGUCGCAGUUCCAGGCCCUGCAGGAGAGCAACAAAGAAACUGCCUCACUCCGGGAACUGGGGCUUUCCGACUCAGAGAUCCUGCUCUGGAAGAACCGGGCUUCAACAGGGAAGGGCUCUGGGCUGGGAGCAGCCCCGGAGGCCACGCAGGACCGACUCCAUGCCAUCCAGGAGAAGAUGGAAGAGCGUCAGCGCAUACUCGCUCUGCCCCAGAGGUUUGCUGGCAGCAAGCAGCUGAGCCGGCGGGAGAUGGAGAUUGAAAAUGCCCUCUUUCAGGGAACAGAUCGCCACUCCUUCCUCCGUGCGCUCUACCACGAAGAUGACACUCAGAAGAGGGUAACAGAUGAAAAGGACCCCAUGGUCCACCUGGAGAGUGUUUACCAAGAGCUGCUGAGCAAGAAGUGGCCUGAAGAAGUCCAGCCUACCAAGAAUGACCCAUGCUUGUGCCCUUCCCUGGCUCCUCAGGGGCCUGUGGCUGAGGAGUCAUCGCUUCCAGACCAGGAAGAACAGGCAAGAAGUCCCAGUCUUCCUGCAACAAGGCCCCACCAUUCCCCUCCAAGUCCUGUGGUUAUCAAAGAGCCUGUAGAGUUUGUCCCGGAAGAGGAGAUCUGCAAAAACCGUCUCUCAGAGGAAGAACUCCAGAAAAUACCCAGGUUCUCGUCCUACCAUCCUGGGGAGCCCAACAAGGUGCUGUAUUUGAAGAACCUGGGCCCUCGAGUGACAGUGAAGGACCUAGUGUCCUUGUUUGCUCGGUUCCAGAAGGAGGACAGCCCACCGAUCCAGUUCCGCCUCCUGAGUGGUCGGAUGAGGGGUCAGGCUUUCAUCACCUUCCCUGAUAUUCAGUCAGCCCAGGAUGCCAUGCUGUUGGUGAAUGGGUACAAUCUGCAGGGGAAGCCUCUGGUGAUUGAAUUUGGGAAGAGCAAGGGGCAUUCAACAGACGCUGACUCUGCCAUCCCCUGCUCCUCUGCUGGAGAGAACCUCCCUUCCAAGCUGCACGACUCCCCUAACAACUGUCCUUCUGGUAAAUGCACUUGAAGCAACACAGAUAUACCGAUCUGACUGAGGCUGCACUGGAUCUACAAGGAGACAUUGCUUUGCAUCACAGUGUGACAGCUAAGCUUUUCUGCAUUGACGUUGUGGAGCUCAGGGGUCAUCUUUGUCUAACUUUUAUGGAUAACAAGACAGGAAUGACUCCUCACAGACUCUACCGCACACUGAG